GGUGUUGCUUGACAAUGGCAAGAUUUCUGGUGUUUGCGCUGCUGACUCUGUCGUCCUUCUCUUCUCCCACGCGAGCCGAAAUCUUCACGUCAAUUGGCCAAAUGACAGACCUGAUUUUUACAGAGAGGGAGCUUGUCCAGUCCCUGAAAGAAUACAUUGACGCAGAAGAGAUGAAACUUGAAGCUGUGAAGAGCUGGGCUAAUAAACUGGAUAUGUUGACCCGUGCAUCCACGUCGGACCCUGAAGGCUUCCUGGCUCACCCGGUGAACGCCUACAAGCUGAUGAAGAGACUCAACACCGAGUGUCUGUCCGCAGGGGUGCGCUACAACGCUGAGCUGACGGUGGACGACUGCUUUGACAUGGGCAGACUGGCCUACAAUGAGAUGGACUAUUAUCACUCAGUGCUGUGGAUGCAGCAGGCGCUCAGACAGAUGGACUCUGGGGAAGACGCCAAGACGGCCAAAGCUGAUAUUUUGGAUUAUCUUAGUUACUCAGUCUAUCAGAUGGGUGACCUGCCACGAGCCAUCGAACUCACACGACGCUUGGUGGCCAUCG